GGUACUUUGGAAGAACCAGCUGCUAAGAAACUAAAAUCGGAAGAGAUUGCUCAAACAAAAGUGCGAAAGGAUUGAAUCUUCAUUUGGUGAUUUUUGUUCUAAAUGGGCAUUUUGCAUAGACAUCGUCAUAAAAUGAGAUCAACCAAAAUAACUGGUAUUUCUUGGUAUUAUUUUUAACUUCACAUUUUCAACAUCCUUGCAGAAAUGUUCAUAAUGCCUUUAUGAAUAUAUAAGUUUUAGCAUUAUGUCAACAUUUCUAAUGUGGAAUUUAUUUUAUAAAGGUGUAAUUAUUUCUUUCAAAUAGACAGAGGUAUUCAUUUCUUUUUCUUUCUUUCUUUUAUGGGUUUUUCAGAUGAUCCAUUUGUUGCUGUAUGGAAACUUCCUGGUGUCUGCUCCGUUGUUUUAGCUUGCUGCCUGCGAUUGGAAAUAAAUUACAUUAAAUUGUGUUUAGAAUUUGUUCAAAUUAUGAUGUGUAUGCAUAUUUAUUUAAAUUGUCAUUUAUAAAGCAAAUUAGGAAUGUCCUUGUAGGUUAUUAAAUAUUUUGCUUUAAAGCAUAAAUUUAAAAAUAAUUUGAUACAGGGAAAAAAAAUCCUAAAUACCUAUUGAAAACAACUAAUAAACUAUUAAUUUUUCUUAGCUUAGUUAUAUUUAAUAUCCCUUUUUCUUAAGCUAUUUUAUAAAAAAAUUUAAAUUAAUGAAAUUAAAUUAUUUGGCUUUUAGUGUAAUUAAAUUGCCCUAUUUACAAUAUUUUUUAUGUAUAUUUAAAAAAAAAAUCAUGAAAUGUAAGGGUAUAUAUAUAGAACUAAAACUGGUAGUUUUGUAGGGAUUAUUAUUUUAUUUUAAAACAUCAUUAAGGGAUACGUUCCAAGUAUUACAAAAAUAAUAAUCACAGUCUCUUUGUUUUUUCUGUGUAUUUUCCAGAAGCUGAAAAUAUAUGCUAAAGUUUGUAUAAAGACAAGACCAUUAUUGCUGGAUGUGGAUUGCUUUUACCAGAAGUUCUGUUACUUGGAAAUUUUACUAUUUCAAAUACAAUAUGAAUGCUUUAUUAUUUUAUUUCAAUUUAUGCAUUUAAAGCUGUUCAAUUGUACUUGGAAUGUGUCACUUAUCAAUUACUUUUAGAUUGAUAUAAAAAUAAUAAUUUUCUUUUAGAAUUCAUUUCAGCAUCCAUGUGUUCCCGAGACAGACUAAUAAUACCAUUGUGAUUCCUAUGUUACAAAUUUUAUUUGGUGACUUUUUAUUUUGAAAGCUUUAUUUUUUUAUGUAAUAUUUAAAGGGAUUUAGUUUUAUUUUUUAUUCAUUUGAAUAUUUAGUUAUGUCAUUUUCAAUUUAUGUAAUUUUCCUCUCUUAGAAUUAAAACUUUUAAUUUCAUUUUUUGUUAUUGAUUUUAAUUUUGUUGUAUUUUUGGUUUAAAUUUAUUUAGAAAUAUUUAAAUUUUUGUGAUGAAUUAAUUAUGGGAAAAAUAGGUUUGAAAAAGUAAAUGUACAAAAUAUAAUAAACUUAACAUUAAUUAAAAGUUUGCUUUUUUAAUUUUUAAUAACCUGAAGUUUUAUCAAGUAUCCCUCCCCCUUCGUUUUUAUUAUUAUUAUUAUUAUUUUAUUGUUUUAAAGAAUUACAAAAAGUCAGGCAAGAUAUUUCGAAACAAGUAUUAAUUUACAUUUAAAAUUAAAAUUUUAUAUUUUACUGAGAAGAUGUCUUGCCACAAAAAAGGGAAAUUCUUUGUUCCUUCAUCAGAUUAUGCCCUUUUUUAUUUUUAAAAAAAUGCUUUUGUUUUUAAUUAAGAAUUUUUGUAUAAAAAUAAAAAAAAUUCCUGUGUUAGUAUUUUUUCAGAUUGUAGAUUGUACUGGGAAGUUUUAGAAUGGGAAAUAUUUUGUAUAAUAGGAACAAUUUUGGUUGAUUUCCUAAAUCUUCGCUGUCUUUUUAAGCGAAAGAUUUAAUGUUCAAGUAGAAUCGAUAAUUUUUGUGGAAUUUUACUUUUUUGAGGAUGGGAGGGAUUUUUUUUCUGUUUUCUAAUAUAUUUUAUUACGUUAAUUUCAUGGUUAAUAAAUCUGAAUCCAUUAAUCUCCUUGAUUGUUUGCCCCUGCAUUACAAUAAUUGAAAUCAUUAUCAACUUGAAUAAGACAUUUUUUAUAAAUAAAUUCAAUUUAAUUUUAUUUUGCUGUAAGUAAUAAAAAUCAUUUAAUGCAUUCUGAUUUAUUAACCUAUGAAGAUAAUUUUUUUUUAUGUAUUGCUUUAGAGAAAAGUAAGGGUAUGAAUUUGGGCAAUGAAAUUUUGCACAUAAAUUGAAGAUCUGAGUUAUUAGUUUUUAAAAACUUAUGUUUAUAUCGUAUAACUUUCUUUAUCCUAUCAAAAUGUCAUUAUUCCUUUACAUUAUAUAAAUUUAACUUUUUGCAAUAGUCAAUUGGGUUUACAUAAUAAUGAAAAGAAAUCUUUUGAUAUUAGAUAGCAUCUCAAAUAUUACCCUUACUCUUCCCUAAUAAUUCUUUAAACUGUUAGGCUCCAAAUUUGAAAUGCUGAGUUUGUGCAACUUUAAUUUUUCUUGUUCUUUUCUCUUUUUCUUGUAUUUUUAUGGCAUGUAGUUUGAAACUGAGGGAAGACCCAUGCUCUGGUCUCACCAUUACAUUUGCUCUUGUGAAUCACUUGCAGCACUGAGAUUAGCAUAAAGCGAUGGCUCACCAAUUGUAUCGGUUCCUGGUUUGGAUAGUUCGCACACUGAUGGUCAGCCUGAGCAAACGGGGCCGGUGCUUGCGGGACCAGGUGCCUUGAGGACACCUACAGGUAUUUUGGGAUUAGGCCUCACAAAGUUGACAGCAGAACAACAAGAAAUGGUGACAAAAGCUAAGAAGUAUGCUAUGGAACAGAGCAUAAAGAACGUUCUAAUGAAACAGACUAUUGCACAUCAGCAACAGCAACAAAAGACUCUUCAGCGCCAUCAAGCAUUAGUUCUCAUGUGUCGUGUAUAUGUUGGAAGCAUUAGUUUUGAAUUAAAAGAAGAUACCAUACGACAAGCUUUCAUUCCUUUUGGACCUAUUAAGUCCAUUAAUAUGAGUUGGGAUCCAGUUACGCAGAAACACAAAGGAUUCGCAUUUGUGGAAUAUGAACUUCCUGAAGCUGCGCAAUUGGCACUCGAUCAGAUGAAUGGAGUUAUGAUAGGUGGAAGGAAUAUUAAGGUUGGACGUCCGAGCAACAUGCCUCAAGCAGCUCCUAUAAUAGAGCAAAUAAUGGAAGAAGCAAAAACAUACAAUCGUAUAUAUGUUGCUUCUGUUCAUCAAGAUUUAACGGAGCAAGAUAUUCAAAGUGUUUUUGAAGCCUUUGGCAAGAUUAAAAUGUGUAAAUUACAAAGUGGUGGUAUUCCUGGGAAGCAUAAAGGCUAUGGGUUUAUAGAAUAUGAAAAUUAUCAAUCAGCACAAGAUGCAAUAUCAUCAAUGAAUUUAUUUGAUUUAGGUGGUCAAUACCUGCGUGUUGGGAGGGCGAUCACACCUCCCAAUGCCCUUCAAGCUCCAACCACAGCCAGUACAAUGCCUACUGCAGCUGCAGUUGCUGCUGCUGCUGCAACAGCAAAAAUUCAAGCAAUGGAUGCUGUUGCCAGUAAUGCAAUUGCUCUUGGUCUAGGUGCACCUGCUGCAGUUGCUCCUGUUGUUACUGCUACACCUACUGAAACAGCUGCCCUUAGCCCAGUAAUCCCACCACCUGGUCUUACAAUUCCUGCCAUUGGAGCUCCUGGAUUGGUGACUCCAUCUAUUCUGCCUCAACCAGUUUUAGCUGCUAAUGCUCCUGGUAUUAUAACAGGUGUCACGCCAGUGCGGCCACCAGUUAUCAUUCCACCACCUGGUAUUGUAACUCUACCCAUCGUAACUCCACCUGUUAGUGUCACUGCUGCAGCUGGAAUAAAAGCUGAAAUUAGUUCUCCUAUUUUAAAACCAACAAUUACGCCCACAUCAACUCCUGAAAGUCUGAAAACAACAACAGCAGCCGCAAUAGCAGCAAUACCUGUUUCUACAGCUGCCCUGCCUUCAACAGAAAUUGCUACAAAUGACACACAGAAACAAAAAAUUGAAGAAUUGGAAAAAAAGCUUGCAGAAGAACAAGAACCUCAAACAUUACAACAGCAAGAAAACAUGAUGAUUAAGGGUACAAAUGCUAGGCACAUAUUAAUGCAAAAGCUGAUGAGGAGAAAUGAAUCUUCAGUAAUUAUUCUGAGAAAUAUGGUUGGUGUUGAAGACUUAGAUGACGACUUGGAGUCUGAAGUGACGGAUGAAUGCGGGAGGUAUGGUGCUGUAAAACGUGUCAUUAUUUACCAAGAACGUCAAUCUGAGGAUGUGGAUGCUGAAAUAAUUGUAAAAAUCUUUGUAGAAUUUAGUGCAUCAGCAGAAGCCUGUAAAGCAAGGGAUGCUUUAAAUGGAAGGUUUUUUGGUGGACGAAUUGUGAAAGCAGAGCUUUAUGAUCAGACUUUAUAUGAAGCAAAUGAUUUGUCAGGGUGAUCAUUUGCACAACACUGUUUUUGUUUUAAGAGAACUGUGUAAAAUGAAUUUAAAAAUCAUAUGUCAAAAUCUACCCACACUCGCAUGUACAUAUCAUUAAUGUAUAAAUGUUUUUUUGUCUUGUUAUUCUGUUUUCUUUUAAGUUGGCAAGUUAAUAAAUGUAAAAUCUUUCAAAUUUAAAUCUGUCGGUGUAUAUUUUGCUGUAAAUAUUCAUAAUUUUAAACACUGCAUUCGACCACAGUCCUUGAAACAUUUUGCGUGCAAUAUAUUGGCAGGCAAUAAUUGCGUAAAUGAGAAACCUGGUUUUUACUUUCACUUUCUUUAAACUUGCCAGAAAAAGUUAUGCCUUGUUUCAAUAAUUCCACAUGUUGAAAUAUAAUAAAUAAUUUCACAUAUUAUAUAUUGUUUGAAAGAAACUAAAAUCAUUUCCUUGUUUACACAAGUGUUUAUGUUAUUAUUUACAUAUAAGGUUUACAAAUAUCAUAGUGCUUAACUGUGAUGCUGAAACCACAGCCUGUCAGCCAGGUGACUCAAUACGCAUAAUUUUGCUUGCUUGCAUGCAAAAAUGUUUCUAAUGGCUGUGGUCGAAUGCAUUGCAGUGGUUUCAGCAUUUAAGCACAUCUUUUUAUCUAGGAUUAUUUCACUGUGAUGUGAUACAUUAUAGGCGUUGAUAAAGAAAGGUGUGGAGGGAGGGGGGGUAGAUGUUAAUAUAUGGACCUCUUAAGAAAGGUUGUGUAAAGAGAUGCUCAAGAAUAUUAUUCACCAAAGUAACCAUUAUCAAAUAGGUUGCAAAAAGAAUUAAAAGAAAUGCUUCAAAACAUAUGCCUGAAUUUUGUUUCCUUUCAAGAUUGUGAUUCAGUUAAUUUAUAACAAAGAAAUGAAUUAAAACAAACAGAAAUGUUUUAAUUUAUUUUCAUUUGUAUACAUAUUUUCUUAAAACAUUGGUUACUUGCUAUUUUAAAUUAGCAUUUUUUUUUUUAUAUAAGUUGUAUUGCAUUUUUCAGUUUAAGAAGAAAGUGUGUGUGUGUGUGUUUUUUAAGGUAUAUAUUUUAUAGUUCGUUUGCUAUUUUCAAAUUUAUGUUAGCCAAGAUUAGUAUUGCAAAAAUAGCGUUUAAAACAGAUUUUUACAAGAUGAAAUAAAUUUCAGUUGAUAGAUGAUAUUGUACUAUAUAAUGUUGAGACAAAACGUGAGAAUUAAUAAUUAAAUAGCAUUAAAAUUAUUCAAGUAGCAUAAGAUUUUUAAAACAAUUUUCUUUUAUAUUUACUUUCUUUGUUUUGAACUUAAUACUUUAAGAAUAUUUUGAUAUCUUAAACAUGUAUUGCCCUGCUUUGUUUUUAAUUUUUCCUGUGGAAUAAUUAAUAAACUGUCCCGACAUUUUUAUAUAUAUUGAGUUAUUAUCACCUUAUUGGAUUUAAAGAUAAUUUGUUAUCAGAAUAUAGAAUAGUUACAACUUGAUGACAUUUUACUAUUUUUUAAACUUUAGAGAAAAGCUUGUAUCUAAUUAUAUGAUGUUAUAAUCUGGUUGAGAUAUAGAUCAACAAUAAAGUGAUAUCAAUAAUUGUAAAAUUAUUGUUAUAUUUUUCUACUAGACAUUAAAAUUUACUUAAAAAAUUAAGUAAAUAUAAUUUAAGACAAACUUUAUUCUGCAUAUUAUUAAAUCUUUUUAUAUCAUAAAAUCAUUGUUCUGUGCUUAAAUAGUGAUUCUAUAAUUUUAAUUUUUAAUAAAAGAAAUAGUGUAAUCUGAUGUGAAUUGUUUGUUGAAUUUUUAACCAAACAGUGUUAGAAUGAAAUGUGUACAGUUUUCUAUAUAAUAAAUUAAAAAGAAUAAACUUGUAUGGAUUGUAUUUUUAUACAUUUAAAAUUAACCAUUUUCUUUUCAAUAUUAUAAAACAAUAAUUGGGAAAAAAAAUUGCAAAUUAUCAAUAAAAUAAAGAAAAUUUGAUUUUUAUUAUUGAGUUAAGUAAUAAUUCAUGUGCAUGGAUUUCCACCCCUCUUUAACCUCUUUCAAAUUAAAAGUGUAUUGUGGGGGGUGUAAAGGUGUAUUUUAAUAUUUAAAAGAGAAUUUAAUGACCUACAAAAUAGUGCAUCUGAAUUUGUUUUAAAAUUUUAUUGGUGAUAAAUUGAAUUUAGCAAAUUCUGAGCAGUUUUUUUAUACCAUUUGCAUUUAGGGUGUUAAGAUUUUUUUUUUUUUUUUUUUUUUUUUUUUUGUGCAAAAAUCAUGUAUUUGAUUAUGUUGCAUUAAACGAAGUUAAGAGCAACAAAACUACUUGUAGUGAGUUCGAAGAAGGGGCAUGCAUUAUUUUCCAUUUCAAUAAAAUAAAAGAAUGAAUACUGAGCCAAUUUUGUCAAACAAGCAAAAUGUUUUUUUUUUUUUUAAAAAAAAGGCUCAUGAAUUAUUACUCAAUAUUAUAAUACUUUUUUUUUGGCAAAAUAAUUUUCAGAAACAUUAUCUAACAGAUGAAAAGUCGCCAUUGUAUAUCAACUUCGUCCCCUUUUGAGGAAGUUUCAUUUAAUGUUGCUGCUGGUUUUAGUUGUUUUGUGUACUGUUUAUAGCAUAUGAUUUCUGUCUCGUUUUUAAAAAAUAUAAAAAUAAAGUUUUUAAUGUUACUUCCUCAACAGGCAAUUAUACUUAAAAUGCUCCAAUAGAAUGAAUGGAUUGGAUGGUGCAGCAUAUGAUUUCUUCACAGUGUUCUGAAGAAAAUCUAAUAUAAAUAAAGACAUUAUGUUUUGUCA